UUUUACUUUUCAUCUCUUGGUUUCCUAUUACCUUACAGCAAUCUAUUUUGUGUACACAUGACAAAGGAAAACGAAAACGCAUGGAUUUACGUAAUCUCUAUAUAUGUUUAGUGUGUGAUGAGAUAGAAAGCUUCAAAUUUUCCUUCUCCUCUUGGUUACUGCUGGAUAUGUUUGUAGCUUGUAGAAGCUUAUUUUAUUAUUAGAAAUCAAAUUUCCUGGGUUUUUUUUCCCUUCUCUGUUAUUUCUUCUUUUUUUCUUUUUUCUGGAUUGAGGGUUUCAUGUUACUUUUUUGUUUUUAUGUUUUUUGUCAAUGUUCGUCCGGAAUAUGGAUGUGUAUACAUUCAUAUGAAAAUAAUGUUUACUAUAGUCAUGAAUAAGCUAUAUGGAUGUUUCCGUCGAGCCAUCUUACCAGCCACCAGCAGGGUUUGUGGAGGAUAGAAAGGAUCCUCUUGUUGAUCUCAACUUAACGGACUCAACUGAGCUAUGGCUUAUUCAGUGGCCCAUUAAUCAAGUAGGCUUUCGAAGGAUACCAUCUUUUCCUGGACUAACUAAUUUGAAAUGGAGGAUAUAAAUCUUUGGUGGCAUUGAUAUUUAUUUCUUGCGAAAGAAUGAUUUGAUUUGACCUGCAGAGUUUUCAAAUCUAGUCGCAUGCUUUAUUUCCAUUCUCUCUGUCUCCUGGAAUCGAACGCUGAAAUCUAUUUUGACAUGGACUUCGGGUAGCCUUAUUUUUAUUGACCCCUCUCAAUGGGCUUUCAGGGAUAUAAUCAUUGACCUGUUAUUUAUUGCAGCCUCCUGAUUUCGAUGGGCUGCAGUGUUUCUCUGAACCUUCACGGUGAUGGACAGAUCGGCACCUUUGAGGGGUCUUCUGGUAAAUCAUAUGAAGUGGUUAGUUUCAAACCCCAAGGUCCAGAAGCUGCAGUCUUCUUCUCGUCAGCAUCAGAAGCAAAAAUUGCUGGGAAGAUCUCCAGGCGCAUUUCUCUGAUUCAUUACCCAGAUCCAAGUGAACUUCAAAUACGCAAUAACCUUAACUUGAUUCAGUCUCAGCGGUCUUCAACAGCUGCCUCAACCAUGUCAGGUCAUCGUUUGGCAACUCCUAGCUGUAAUACUAAGCCUAGAAACUCUCAAGCGGUUAGUGGUUAUUCCACACCAAGUAGCAGAAUGAAGAGUUCAGUUUCUGGGUAUCUGAAGUCCUCAAAACCUCGAAAGAGAAGGAAUGUGGAUGAGCAGCAGAUUAGAUACACCGAUCAUUCAGCCCAGGGUUCAGGAAAAGGAAACAGUGCCAUUACCUCUACUGGAUCUUUGGAGCAUUCUCAGGAAAGAAAGUCAAAGAAGAAAAAGAAAUAUGAAAAUUGAAAUAUGCAUACAUUUUCACCUUUCUAAGCUAUAUUUUUAGGAGCGGAUUCCGAAUAGCUGGCGUAUUCUCUGGAUCUCCUUUGCAACUUUGUUGAAUUUAAGGUUCAAAAGUUCCAAGUCAUGAAGAACUAGUUUGUUUUGUUUCUGUAACUGCUUUGCAUUGGUUUAUACGUUCGGCUGAUAGCAAUCCUACCAAUUAUUGAUUUUGUAUUCGUGUCUUGUCUGAAUGAAUAAUUUCAUGUUCCCCCAGCCGCCUCCACCCCCUCUCUGAUUAAAUGGAUUUCUUGCAGUUGACCAGUGUGAAUAACUACUUAACGGUAAAUUAAUCACACAAUUAUGAGAACGUAUGAAAUUAUCACUUAGUAUAACUUGCCUGCCAUUCAUUUACUCAAAAGUCAAGCAUUGACUUUGCAGUUCACAUCAACUUCUUACGUAAUCUCGGG